AUGGGUCUGUUAGAAAGAGUACAAAGAGUAAUAGUCUCCCGGGGUCUCAUACCCAAAAUCAUGGCUCAACUCCCCAAAAUCUCCAUCAUAUUUGUCGCGAUUAGUAUUCUUAUGAUUGCCAUCUUGCCAAUGGAUGGACAAUACCGCAACACAUACAUUUCUGAAAAUGCUUUGAUGCCGUCACAAGCCUAUAGUUAUUUUAGAGAGACUGAAUGGAAUAUUGUUAGAGGGUAUAGGAAUGAACUUGUUCAUAUGGAAAACUCUACAUCGAGGGAAAGGAACCAAAUUAUGGAAUCUUGGUUGAAUGAGUUUGGCGUAAAGACUCAAAUUUAUGAAAAUCGCGAUAACGAGGUUCUUUAUGGUGUAUUCCAUGCUCCAAGGGGUGACGGCACCGAGGCAAUAGUGCUUGCAGUCCCAUGGUUUAACGUAGAUGGUGAAUUUAAUACAAAUGGUGCUGCUGUCGGGGUUGCUUUGGCCAGAUAUUUCUCACGUUGGCCCGUUUGGUCUAAAAAUAUCAUUGUUGUGUUUAGCGAAAAUCCUGAUUCUGCAUUAAGAUCUUGGGUGGAAGCUUAUUAUACGUCAUUAGAUUUAACUGGUGGUUCCAUCGAAGCAGCUAUCGUGUUGGAUAGUCCAGGUGAAAACGAUUAUUUCGAUUAUUUGGAAGUUUAUUAUGAUGGAUUGAAUGGUGAACUCCCUAAUUUGGAUUUAGUUAAUAUUGGUAUCUAUAUCGCGGAACAUGAAGGUAUGAGAGUUUCAUUACAUGGGACACCAUUUGAUCAAAUAAAAGAGAAUAACUAUUGGACAAGGUUAAAGAUUUUAGUUGCCAGUAUUCAAAGUUCAGCAUUUUCUGGCUUAACAAAGACUCAUGGGAAUGAAGCAUUCAGUGGAUGGAGAAUCCAAUCAAUUACUUUGAAAACGAAGGGUAACAGUGGCCCAUUAGAUAUUACAUGUUUUGGUCGUGUCCCGGAAGCAAUGUUUAGAUCAAUAAACAAUCUUCUAGAGAAGUUCCAUCAAUCAUUCUUCUUUUAUUUAUUAUUGGCUCCAAGACAAUUUGUUUCAAUUAGUAGUUAUUUGCCAUCAGCUGUCAUCCUUUCUGUUGCAUUUGUUAUUGCCUUUAUGGAUUCAUAUAUUAAUAAUCCAUCUUUCGCAUUACCAUUUUUCAGCAAUUAUACUCUAAUACCUGCCAUAGUAUGGACUGUUACGUUGGUUGCAUGUUUUAUCUUGGCUCAAUUAUUCUUAAUUCUUCCAAUACCAUCUCUGUUACUGUUAAUUAACAUUGUUAUUUCCAUUUCAUCUAUAAUAAUACAAAACAAAAAGUUGUUCAAACCUGCUGUCUCUAACAGAUUAAGAAGUUUUGCAUUUUUACAUUUAAGUUUAAUUCUAACAUCAUUAUUAAUGGUUAAUUUCCCACUCUCCUUCAUGAUCGGAUUAAUGGCAUUCCCAAUGACAAAGGUUCGGAGUAUUACCGCCAAUACAGCUCCACAGAUUAAACUGGAAAAUAUUAUCCUGUUGAUGAUAUCAAAUCCAUUUAUUGCAUUAAUCAUCUACAAUAAUGUCUCUUCCAACUCAGGAUUACAAGGAUUACAAGGAUUACGAGUCAUAAAUAGGUUAAUAUCUGCGUGGAAAGAUAUGAGAUGUUGGACUUGGUUUGUCCUUUGUCUGGGAUGGUUGCCAUCAUGGAUAAUGGUAGCUAUCUCUGUUAUAGAAAAUGAAAGGGAACCUACUUCACAUGAUGUGAAAAAGAAUGAGUAG